AGCUUGUGAGCGGCACAUGCGCAUGUCAUAAAUCCACAAUUUUUCUGCGGCCAUUUAUUUGUGUAUGUGUAUUAUAAUUUCGUUUCGGGUGUUAAAUAGGUCACGCCUUGCUGAUUUAAAUGUAUUGUAGCGUUAAAAACUGUGAAAAACCAUUGCUUUAAUAAGCCGUCAAUAUAUUGCGAACUGCCAGAUGACCGAUCGCCAGCUGUGCUGCUUCUUGCCGUUACCAGGUUGCCAUCGACACCGGUACCAUCCAGAAGAAGGUUACAAGAUAAAACUAACACCAGGAGACCAUCUUGCGAGAGAAUUGAACACAAACCUGACCAAAGCGAUCGGAUGGGUCAGACUCGAGAUGUCCAAAGUGAGGACCUCCUGCAGGAUGGAGUGCGAUCAUCAGCAGAUGCAGAGCAGAAAUGUGCAACAUCUGAAAAGAUUCAACAUAGAGAAACCAAAUGUUCCUAUAACAAUAACUUAUUAAAUGGAGGAAUUAAACAGGAACAAGUAGAAGAACUACAUAUUGUACAAGAAAAAGAAAUUAGUCACAAGAAAGACUUGCAUAUAAAAAAUAUACAUAAUUUUCUUUUCGAGCCUGAAUGCAAUUCGCUCGCAAAGGAACCUGCAUCUGGAAAACCUACUUUCUCAAGGUGUGUUGGUGAGAAAAAGAGUUACCAGUCUCUCCAAAGAAGCGAUUCGCAGAUGAGCAGAUCUGUAGGGAGGGUUGUGCGAAAGAAUUCGAAUAAAUUGCUGAGAAGAAAUUCGUCAAGGCGAUCUGAGGUUAAGAUGUUGCAGGUAAAACCUUCAACUGGCGGUGACAUCACGUCGGCAAAAUGCCCCGCUACCGAUGCUUCUGACUUAUCGAGUUCUGCGUCUGCCUUCGACAUGGACGCUAUGGAGAGAUCCGUGGACUCCAUUGGGACCUGUUCCCUGGAUGCGAAUGCGUCAGCUGAUCUCAGUAACGCAGAUUGGUCGGAUACAACGUCAGUGGUGACGUUACGUAGCGUCAGCCUAGCCUCUCCGUCGGCUUCUGACUACCACAAUAACCACCAUCUGCCCUCGUAUCUGAGCUUAGCCUGUACCGUUAGCGGAUAUUCCCCCACUACCAACUACGAUCCAGUACGAUUAGCCAGGUCCAGAGAUGCUUCACCACUCAGAAUCGACUGCGGUGGUGUCGGCGAUUUGACAUCCGCACACCAGCGUCCUACGGGCCCCACUUAUUCCGUGCACAACAAUCUGCUGUCGCCGCCUAACCUGGUCCCACUACCCCCGACUGCCAAUACUGCGACCACCACAAGCUGUCUUAAGGGCGACAAAAUGGAAAACGCCACUACCGCGCUUGCUGCGCACCACCACGGCGAGUUCUACGCUUCGAAGACGGUCUCAUUUGUUAGCGGCAAGGAGACAAGGUUCAGUUCGGCUUUCUCUCAUGACAGUGUGGACAGUUGCAUCGAAAAUGGACAUCAUGCGAUACAAAGGAAAAUGGUGAGCUUUGAAAGCAAAAACAUCACCUCCUGCAAUGGGCAAGCUAGAUGUACAUCGGAAACGGCACUCAAACAGGAAUAUACCAAUGGAAACGAGACAAAAUCAUUCAUACAGCAAAGAGUUGAAAGACUGUACGGCCCGGGAGCCCUGGCACAGGGAUUUUUCGUGUCGAAACGCCAAAAAAGUAGAUUAUCCGAGUCAGAGGAAAGCAACCAUAACAACAAUGAAUCGGAUAGGCACUCAAAGUCGCUCACUGACAAAUCAUUCAAUGAAGAGGGCGAAGAACCUGUGAUUAAACAGAGUACUAGUACGCCGACGUUACCGGUUCUGCGACACUUGAGGCCAGAAUUCAGAGCACAAUUACCUAUUAUCAGUCCCAAGAAAACAGAAGGUCAUCUUCAAAAAAGCGUAACAAUACCUAAGUUGAAGGAUGAAGUCAAUAUGAAUGGUCAUGAUAAAUCAAAGAAACCUGAUGACAUUAUAAGCUGUCCUGAACCUACGAAUGGUCAUGUAGAAAGUUACGCCAACGAAGUUGUAAAAGACGGUCACUAUUUCCUAAAAAUUCUAAAUGAUCAGACAAGCAGACUGCUAGUACUGGCUGACAAGAUCGAAAAAGACAUACUGGGUUGUGAGUUACCAGAAGAGAUUGUGGGCAAAGUGAGAAGUGCUACGGGCAAAGCCAGGCUGCUCGUUUCGCAAAAAAUGCAACAAUUUCGAGGGCUGUGUACUAAUAAUAUUAACCAGAGCGUUGGCGAAGCAUUUCCUACUACAAACGAAGAUUUACAAGGGUUUUGGGACAUGGUGAUGCUCCAAGUUGAUCAGGUAGACGCGUUAUUCGCUGAGAUUUACGCUUUACGUGCCAAUAAUUGGAAGGAGCCCGAAAAAGAUAAAGCGUUAAAAAACGGUGCUGUUAAAACCAAGAAAGCUGUGGCUGUACGUCCAAAAACAACAGCUGGCAAUGAUGAAACAAGAAAACAACGUGAGGCGCAGAGAAAAAAGAUGAUCGAGGACCGCAGGAAGGCGAUGAAGGCACAGAAGAAUGCCACGAACGGAAGUAUUGAAAUUUUCGUACCCGAAAGCAGCUGAGAUUUGUACUGCACCCGUUUAGGCGUAUUUCUAAUAAAUUUUAUGGUGAUGUGAGAUGUGUAUACAUGACAUGAUAUGAUGACACUAACAAAGAUAAUACUCUACUAUGCUAAUUAGCAGGUCUGAUGGAAUAUUUUUGCUAUUAUUUUUCUUGACGGGCUUAAAAGUCUUAAGCUAGCUACUACUUUUUAAGGUGUUAUGUCUGCUCCUUAUUAACAUGCCUUGUCACGGCAAAUUUGCAUAAAAUCAGAUGUGCUGUCAUAUUGGUGUAUUAUCUUUGAUAUUAUUUUUUCCUUUUUUCCUUUUAAUAUACGCUCACAAUAUAUUUUAAUACAAAAGUACUGCAAUAUUGUCACUUAUAAACAAAUGUACUGUAAUAUAAAUUGUGAAUAUCACUAAUUGAUUAAUUAUCUUCGUAUGUUUGCACAUUGUGGUUUGACUUGCAUUUUCAGAAGUUUGAAAUUGGUCAAAUUAAAACCAUACUUUGAGCAUUAAAUUACUUGCGUAUUGUGCCUAUGGGCAAUUCAAACCACUCUGUUUUACAUUUUUAUUAUGAGACUCAGUGCUGUACGAAUUGCUUGUUAUUUGAAGCUUAAUUUUUUAUUAACGAAUUUCAUACAUGAAGAAGACUGAGUUUAGAGGUGUCUAGGACAUUAGAAUCCGGCCACAUGGUUUAUUUUUGUUCCAAGUAGAAAAACGUAUCUGCAUACCAAUAACCAGUGCAUUCCAUCGUGCUGAAUCAAAACAUAUUUUGCUAUAGUUGGAUCACUAAUAUUAAAAAAGAAAAACAAACCUGACGUUCAUGAGUAAAAAUCAUCUUUUUUCAUAAUAAGAAAUGGAGGUAAUCUAGAUCUUAUUACUGAACACAGAUAAAAUAUUUGGUGUAUAGAUGCUGAUCUGGUAUGUUGUAUAUACAGGGUGUUCGGGUUUAUGUUUGGGAAAAAUUAAAUUAAAAAAUGCUGUCAGAAGUCCAAUUCCAAAGGUGUUGAGUGCUGGAGCAUUCAUAAAUUGACCUUCUUCGACCUCCAAAAAUUAGAUUGUUAUGCUGAAUAUUAUAAUUAUACCCAUUAAUUUCAUGAUUUGUCGAAGACUUAUUUGUAAGGAUACAAGGUGCUCCAGGACAGUUUUUUUGAACGGUUAUUUUGAACUACUUUUAUAUUUGUUAUCCAUUGUCUUUCAACAACAUUUCUUAAAUUUCAUUCCCUACACCUAAUAUCAAUACACCAUGUAUGUAUGUAUAAUGUCCUAGAAUAUCCCGCACGGAUAUAACCAAAAUAAAAAAUGACAUUCCCAGUGCUUUUAUUAACUGGUUUAUUGGAUAUACUGAGUUUUUGUACCAUUUUUUUACUUGUUGUAAGUGUUGUUGAGGGGAUGUUCCAAUAUCUCCAGUUGGGCUUAUAAUUCACUUAUACAGGGAGAUUCAAUGUGUUGCCUGAUUUUAAAACUAUUCUGCAAGUCUAUUGAUUCACUAGCCUGAGGGAGUCGCAUAAACUCAUUCAAGGUAUUUACCUAGUCGUUAUUUAAGCACAUUUUGAAAAUACCUAUUGACCAUGACAAGAUUUUAUAACAAACCGAAAAAAAUGACGUAUAACAGAUUUUGGGACUGAAAAUCUUAUAAGUGGAUGUGUUAUUAAUUUGCUCUAAGGGUGUAAAUUAUAUUAAUUAUAUGAACAUUUUUGGUCAAUUGAGAACAUGCUAUUUACUGUUGUUUAUUUAUGUGUAUAAUUUCAUUAAUCAGUGUUUACUUGGAAGUAUUGUGUAUAAUGCUAUGAUAUAUCAAAGCCUAAGAAACAAAUGUCUUAAUUACACCUAUUUGCUAAAAUAUGUUGAAUAUGUUUUUAACCUGUAUUGCAAUAGUUAUACAUAAGCUUUAAUUUUUGGCCCAAAAAUGAACGGUAUUUUCAGGAGUAUUGUGUGCGACUGUAAAAUUGUGAUGACUGUAUGUGAAUUUUUGUCACCAAGUUCUUUUGUAAAUGCUGACACAUGUGCGUUAUCCCUUUGCUUUUCAUACAGUAAAGUUAUUCUUCCCUUGUUAAAUUGGUAUCACCGAUAGUGCAUGCAUAAAAACGUUUUUUGAGAACCUAGAAUAUAUCACAGAUUCCACAAUAUAUUAUUGACGGAAAAGCUUCUAGUUCCGCUUGGAUGCAUGCGCUAAAGCAAAGGCGCAACUGCGCAUAAAUAUUUACAUUCCUUUAGUAUGCAGUAGGUGAUGAGUAAUGCCAUUGAUAUCGUAUUCCACCUGAAAAUAGCUAACCUAAUGCCGUAUUUACGUGUCCGAAGAAUUAUCCGAAAUGUCCUGGGAAUUUGUCACAGCUAUGUCUCUCUCAUUCGGAAAGGUUACUUUCUCGUAGAUAGCGUUGUAGCCAGCUACAUAUUAGCAUAUAGCUACAGCGCCUUUUCAAAGUAGAUCUAGAUUAUUGCGGAGAGGAGAGAAAAAAAAUUCAGUUCAUCUCGGAUAAUUUUUCUGACGGACGAAUAUGGCAUUAGGUUAUCUAUCUUUAGGUACAGCACAUUAAUCAAUGGUCAUGCUUAUUAUGUCGACUAAGCCUUGUUGGCGAAUAAAUGUGUAGCAUAAGUUACAACUUUGUGUAAAGGAAAAUGGUGGUACUUAUUUAUUGCACAUGGUUUGUAUUUAAAAUGUAUAUUGAAUAAUGAUAUUUACAGAGUUUAAAAUAUUUUUAUCGUAUAUGUAUUGUAAUUUAAAUUCAAAUGCAUGUCCUUAAGCAACAACAAAAAAUAGAUCUGAUUCACCCUGUACUAUUUAAAGGCUAGUUAUCUAAGGAAGUUGAUACAUGAAUAAUUUAUUUAUUAUACGCUGGUAGUUAUUGAUUGGCAAUUUUAAAGUCACUUUUUUUAUUUAUAUUAACUAUAUUGAAAUAAAUUAUUUACACAAAA